CAAUAACCUGCCGGAAGUCACCCGGAACACUAUUGAUGUGCGACGGGGAGAAGAUGGCGGCGGCCAUGGUACAAAUGGCCUGUUUGUAUCGUGGGAUGUUAGCGGUGAGAGCCGCGGGGUUCCGACCCCUCAUUCCCGGACUUGUGCCGAAUCAACUCCGGGCUUUUUCUAUUAAAAAGGAACCGGAAUUAGAGGAAAACCCUUAUUAUAGUAAAUAUGAAGAGAAGAUCAGAAAACUGCGGAGCACCAAACCUCAAGAAUACAAAGCCCGACUUGAGAAGUGCAGUGAGAUAAAGAAGGAACCUGUUGGACACUCAAAACAAUCUGACUUCAUUAAACUAAUGGAGCAGGAGAAACAUAAGGGAGACAAAGCAGGACCUGGAGGUUUUACCAAAAACAAGACCUUAGAUUCAAUCCUCAACCUUGACUUGGUGAAGGACAAAUCUGGUCUGGAAAUUGGAGAGCUUUGGAUGAAUUUCUACUCAACAAAAGACACAAUCAGUGCUGUCAUACCAUUUGUGUACGCUCUGCCCCGGAAAGAAGGAUACGAAUUCUUUCUGGGUCAGUGGGCUGGUCAGGAGCUACAUUUCACCUCCCUCAUCAAUGUUCAGACUUUGGGAGAAAAUGCUCCAAGCCAGCUGAUUCUGUACCACUACUCGGACCUGAAACAGGACAAGGACCUUGUGCUCAUGACUGCUGAAAUGGAUAGAAAGUUUAUGACUGUUCAUGAAGCUCAAUGCUUAGCAAAUCAGGUGCAGUUAUUUUAUGCAGCACAGAGACAUGAGACUUUUCAGCUAGUAGAGACAUUCAACCACAGACCAGCGGAGUUCAGACACAUGUCUGUGAUCGCAGAGCUUGAGCAGAGUGGGAUAGGACAAGCAGCCACUGCAAAGUAACACCCAGUGCUGUGGGAGAGAGGUUGGAGGAGCCGUGCAUCAUGGAGAAGAAGGACACUUGGAAUCCUGGCAGAGAAACUGUCUAGUGUUGAUCCCUGCAUUGUACUGACUGUACCAGCCCUCAGUGCUACAAUCUCGUCUAAAUUCUGCAUCAAUACCUGGUCACAUUUGAUGUACACAAGCUAUUGUGUUGCCUUCACAAGCUCGGUUCAAUUUGGAAAGCCUUUAUUACAUACUGUGAUCUAUUUUGGUCCCUUUCUGUAAAAAAUGUAUAUAAUACACCAAAGGUUCAAGAUGUGAUUUGGUGCCUAUGACUUAAUCUUUAAUGGCUAGUUGUAUUUCAAGGAAUGAAGAAUUCUCCACCAUAGACGACGAAAACAUCUUUUCCUCCACCAUGAUAAAAGGAUAAAGGAGAAUAACAAGUCUGAAGCUUGAUUAUCCAAAUUAUUAACUAUUAUGCCCUGAAAGGACGCUCGUUUACGCAGCAUUGAGGAUGGGAACUUGUAUUUAUGAUAAUUGUGUGCGUGAGAGCAAUUGAUUUAUAACUGGAGAACAUAAAUAGUAUUUCAUUUGGAAUCUGAUAAAAGACAAUUAAAGAUAUUGCUGGCUUUGAA